GCUGCCUUGCUCCGUCAUUGUGCAGCGGCGAGAGCGGCUCAGCGGUUUCCAUCCUCCAUCUUCCAUUCUCCCAACCGCGAACCCGAUCCAGUCGCCUCUUGCAACCAACCGAAGUGACAUCUCGAAAAAAGGGGGGGGGAGAUAUACCACACCCAAUACCCGCGACACUAUACAGGCAACGCAGUAAUCCAAUCCAAAAUGGCGUCUUCAUCCACACCGGCGACACCGCUGCUCUACGCAUGCGUCGCCUACAACACCACCAUCCUCGCCGAGUGCACCACCUCGUCCUCCCAAACCUCGUCCCUCGCCGCCCUCAUCCUCCCCAAGAUCGACCACAGCUCCCCGCAAAAACUGACCUACACCCACGGCACCCACCACAUCCACUACAUCGCCGCCUCCCCCUCCGAAUACCCCGCCACCCAAUCCAGCGCAGGCGGGCUCACCUACCUAGUCGUCUCGGACUCCGCCGCCGUCAACCGGCGCAUCUCCUUCGGCUUCCUGGUCGAGCUCCGGCGGCGCUUCCUCGCCGCCUACCCGCCCGAAUCCACCGAUUUUGCCGACCUCCCCCACUACGGCAGCGCGAGCUUCAACGGCGACACGCGCAGCCUGAUGGUGGAGUACGGGACGACGGCGGCGGGGCGGGACGACGCGCUGGGCAACGUGCGGCGCGAGAUGGACGACGUGCGCGGCGUCAUGACCCGCAACAUCGAAGGGCUGCUCGAGCGCGGCGAGCGUAUUGAUUUGCUUGUUGAUAAGACGGAUCGGCUGGGUCAGGGCGCGAGUGAGUUCCGCGUGCGUAGUCGGGGGAUUAAGAGGCGGAUGUGGUGGAAGAAUGUGAAGCUGAUGGCGCUGUUGGCGUUUGUGGUCGUGCUGAUCGUGGCGACGAUCGUGGUGUCGGUCAAGAAUUAGGGGAUGGGUGGGUGCGUGGUCUGAACAGGUCAGACUUGAGGUAGGGUUCAAUUGAUCAAAGGGUUCGUGGCGUUUGGGGGGGUUGGAAUUCGGCUGUGCUACGGUAUAGGCCAGGCCACUGCUUUCUUGACGGAAGCGGGAGCAUUUCGAGUUGUGUUUUACUACUGAUUGUGUAUAUUCGUACUUGGGAAUACCUUGCGGACUUUGCGCCUCCCUUCCUUUUUUAGAUCGGCUGUUGCAGACAAGUUGAAUUACAUAUAUUCUAAAUCCCCGUAACCCCCCCAAUCGCACCUCUGUACAUGUGAGAAGCCUGUGCACCCGAUCCGGUUAUAGCAUGGCCAACUGAACCUCUCCUCCAGCGCC